AAACACGCAGUCAUGGAUCAAAGUUUAUAAACUAUUCGCAUGUGUCCAGUCUAAUUCUGUACUUCAAAGUUAGUAAUUAUCUGUUUAUAUAUAAUUAUAUAUUUAUAAUUAUAUAAAUAUAAUUAAGUAUAUGCGUUAUUAUCAAGUGUGAAUCAACUAGUGAAAUAAGUCGUGCGCUUAUAUAAAUAUUUCAUACACAAUGAGUCGAGAGAAAAUGGAAAACAUUAUCGUAGGUCCAGAACUCGAAAGACUCAUCGACGUAUCUCUUGGUGAACUCUUAUUACUAACCUUGAAAGCUUAUGAGGACAACAUAUUACAGGUUGACGGUGAGACAAACGAAGAACUCACUGCAGGACUAUUAUUAAAAAGAGCUGUAAGACUAACAAAAUGGUUUAAAAAUGAAGGUAUAACGAUAGGUGACAGUAUUUCAAUAAAUAGUGAGAACAGGCUUGAAUUCUGCAUUGUUCCAUCAGCCACAUUUCUAGUUGGGGCUACCUUUGCACCUUUAAACCCUGAUUAUACAGCCCGUGAAUUAAAACAUGUACUUAGUUUGUCCAAACCAAAGGUAAUUUUUUGCUCCCCAAGAACUAUCGAGAAAAUGGUGGGAAUUUUGCCAGAACAUCCUUACAUAAAAAAAUUAGUCUUGUUUGGAAAGGAAAAAUCUAAACACAAAAAUGUGAUAAUGUACCAAGAGUUGAUGGAAGGUUGUGAGGCCGAAGCUAUAGAUGAAUCAUUCAACGCCACCCCGGUAGACCUAAAAGAAACUGUGGCAACAAUUUUGUGCUCAUCUGGAACAACGGGUUUACCGAAAGGCGUUAUGUGCACUCAGGAUAACAUGACAGCAUACAUAGAUGUAGCUCGGACAUUAUUUACUGAGAUAGUCUUUGCCGAAGACGUUAGUGACGCAUUGAUUGGACUUACGCCAUUCUUCCAUUCAUUCGGUUUUAUGAUGAUGUUCCUAAAUAUUAUAAGAGGCAAAAGGAUGAUAGUAUUAAGCAGAUUUAAGCCAAAAUUAUUCCUGGAUGUCUUAGUAAAAUACAAGGUUUCCCGAUUAAUAGUCCCGCCGCCAAUUUACUUAUUUUUACUGAAACAUCCCUUAGCCAAACAAUACGAUCUGUCGUUCAUCAAGGAAAUGCGUAGUGGGGCUGCUCCUAUGGGAAAAGAUAUGGAGCGAGAUUUGAAAGACAAAUUCAAAAUAAAUCAUGUGUCACAAGCUUACGGCAUGACCGAAACCACUUUGGGAGUCCUAGCUACUCCGUAUGGAGAAGCGAAAAUUGGAUCUUGUGGCAAAGUUGUUCCGGGAAUGAUGGCCAAGGUUAUAAGUGAAGAAGGCAAGGCUCUGGGUCCUUACGAGGAGGGAGAACUGUGCUUCAAAGGUGUUUUAAUAAUGAAAGGCUAUGUUGGAGACCUAGAGGCGACUCGUAACACAAUCGACAUGGAUGGGUGGCUGCAUACCGGAGAUGUAGCUUAUUACGAUAACGACGGAUACUUUUUCAUUGUCGACAGGAUCAAAGAAUUAAUCAAAUAUAAAGCAUUCCAGGUAGCACCAGCCGAACUAGAAGCUCUGCUUCUGACUCACCCUUCAGUGCAGGAUGCCGCUGUGAUCGGACUACCGAAUGAAGAAGCAGGGGAGUUGCCGCUGGCGUUCGUUGUGAAAAAAGCUGGCAAGAAUAUAACUGAAAAGGAAAUUGAAAAGUUUGUGGCAGAUAGUGUAUCCCCACAAAAGCAACUGAGGGGAGGGGUGAUAUUUCUAAAAGAAAUUCCCAAAAACCCAACUGGAAAAAUUUUGAGAAGAGUGCUCCGAGAACAGGCUGUUAAAAUGAAGUCAAAGCUUUAAAUGGUGGCUUUCUAAAACUAUUUUAAAUAUGUUUUUAGCUUCUUUCAAUGUUGUAAAUGCUUGUUAAAUUAAUUUUAAAGACAAAGCCGUUUUUCAAUGUGCCAGUAAUUAUUAAAUGAGUAAAGAAUUGUGAA